GAUUUCAUUGAUAAUUUUAAGUGAAAUCAAGCAAUUUUAUAAGGUUAAUUUUGUGAUUUGUGUGUGACCUGUGUCGGUACUACUGUAAGUUAAUUACGUUUUUGAAGAAUCGCAAGAAACCCAAACUUAUUGCUUUGUAUAUAAAUUAGUGUGAAGAAGAAUUAAUUGGUCAUAAGUUAAGUCAGGUCCAAAUAUAGGCUAGCCUAAUGAAACUGUUUAACUGAUCAUGGUGUUUUUAAGUCAUAGAAUCUAUGCAGCCAAACAAUUUAGGACUACUUUUCAGUUGAAGAAUAAAAGUGUUUUGCAUUGGUUUCCUGGUCACAUGGGGAAGGGAGUUAAAGAAAUGCAGAAGAAACUCAAGUCAGUGGACUGCAUUAUUGAAAUGCAUGAUGCAAGGAUACCUUUCUCAGGAAGGAAUCCUGACGCUUUUCAAACCAUUAGUGGAUUGAAACCUCACAUUCUUGUUUAUAAUAAAAAGGACUUAGCUGAUAAUCGAUUUGAAAAACUGGUUGUGAUGAAACAUAAAGAACAGGGCUUCGAAAAUGUGUUAUUCACAGAUUGUAGAGAUGACAAGUGUAGAGGUCUCAGGAAAUUAAUUCCUCUUGUUCAAAAGGAAAUAGCAAACUCUUCUAGAUACAAUCGUAGUGAGAACAAGGAUAGCUGCUUGAUGGUUAUUGGAGUACCAAAUGUUGGCAAGUCUUCACUCAUUAAUCUUUUAAGGAACAAAUAUAUGUUAAAGAGUAAUGCAGUUCGUGUUGGGGCAGCUCCAGGAAUAACAAGAAGUGUAGGUUCCAAAAUUAAAAUAUCAGACGAUCCGUUAAUAUAUAUAUAUGACACCCCAGGGAUUCUUACUCCGAAAGUACCUUCAGUAGAAGAUGGUAUGAAACUUGCUCUUUGUUCUAACAUCCCUGAUAAAGAAGUAGGAUUACUAUUGAUUGCUGAUUUCUUGUUGUUUUGGAUGAACAAGCAUGGGAGGUUUGAAUAUGUAAACUUUCUUGAUUGUGAAAAUCCUAGUGAUGAUAUAUCAGAAGUUUUAGCACUUUCUGCUGUAAAAAAUGACAAGUUUGUGAAAGUGAAACAUGUUGAGGGGAAAUAUGUUUCACUUCCUAACAUUGAGUUUGCAGCCUUACAGUUCAUCACAGCCUUUAGGAAGGGACUGUUUGGGCCAACCACAUUAGAUAUUGAUAAGAUAAAUUUUCCAGAAAAAAAUGGUAUCGUGUCACAAAGAAGAAUAGAAGGAUGGACUGCAGGAUAGAAGGCAGAUAAG